GUUACAGGACUGAAAAGCAAAUCAUACAUUUUAAAAUGUAACCUGAACAGUAAUAGAUGGAAAAUCUACAAAGCAGGGACACUUCUUACAUUGAUAACUGUCUGAGAGGGGAUUUUCCUCACUUUGGAAAGAUUUCCUUUCACUUCCUUAUGGGUGGACUGACAACUCAUGCUGCCCCCGGGCAAUAGGGGAUCAUGGGGCCCCUGUGUCCUUGCACAAACUCAAAAAAGCCUAUGAAAAAGGUACCAGGGGCAUCUCAUGGGGCCCCCUACUGACCCCCCAGGCCCUCGGGCAGUGCUCGAGUUUCAAUAUGGUCAGUCCGCCCCUG